AUGCAGACCUGCAGACGCUUCGCGCUCCUCGUCCUCCUGGGCGUCGGGACUCUCGCCGCCGCAAGGGAGAAGCGACAGACGGAUGACGGCGACUUCUUCUGGCUCGAUCAACUCAAGGAAGGUGGAAACUCCGAAACCCGCGGGGCACCUGACGGAGGCGCACCUCAGGUCUACGUACAGGUCCCGAAUGCACCCCUCGGCAGCCCACUUCCACCCCAGGGCAACCAAAUUCCACCCCCGGGCAACCAACUUCCACCCCAGGGCAACCCACUUCCACCCCCGGGCAACCCACUUCCACCCCCGGGCAACCAAAUUCCACCCCCGGGCAACCAACUUCCACCCCAGGGCAACCCACUUCCAGUCGGUCUUCCACCCCAAGGCAACCCCCUUCCAGUCGGUCUUCCACCCCAGGGCAACCCCCUUCCAGUCGGUCUUCCACCUCAGGGCAACCCCCUUCCAGUCGGUCUUCCACCCCAGGGCAACCCGGCUCCUCCUCUCGGUCCUACAGGCGGAUAUCCACCUCCACCCGAAAGUACUUGCCAUGCUCCGCACGAAUGCGUGCCCUUCUACCUCUGCGAGGACGGGAAGAUCGUGUCUUCGGGCGAGGGAAUCAUCAACGUCCGCACCGGCAUCGACGACGAAGUGAAGCUGGUGGGCGGCGGCUGCCCCAGUUUCCUGGACGUCUGCUGCCUGGACCCCUUCGCGCCGACCCCUCCCCCUCCCCCCAAGCCCUACCUCCCUCAUUGCGGCAAGAGACACGAGGAAGGCGUGGAAGUGCGAAUCGUGUUCGGCAACCUGACCUACGACUCCGAGGCGCAGUUCGGCGAAUUCCCCUGGAUGACAGCCAUCCUCAACGAGGAGCUGGACCCGCAGGGACACGUGCAGGACGUGUACAAGUGCGGUGGCUCCCUCAUACACCCACAGGCUGUGCUCACCGCUGCUCAUUGCGUCGACAAGUUCUAUACCAACUACGGCGGACUGAAGGCCCGUUUUGGCGAAUGGGACACACAAAAGGAAUACGAGCCCAGGCCGCACCAGGACCGGAAGGUUGCGAAGGUGAGACAGCAGCCUGUACGAACGCCGAUCGUCGCGAUCGCCGUCGCUCACGAGGUGCUCACGAAAACACUUUUCUCGCAGGUCGUGAUCCACGAGGGCUAUAACAAGCGGUCGUUGUUCAACGACUUCGCCGUGUUGAUCCUGGACGUCCCGGUGAAGCUGGACGACCACAUCGACACCGUCUGCCUGCCCGGACCCAAGACGAGCUUCGUCGGGCAUCGGUGCUACGUCACGGGAUGGGGGAAGUCGGCGUUCGGGAAGGAAGGGCGGUACCAGGAGGUGCUGAAGAAGAUCGACCUGCCGGUGGUGGAGCAGGCGUGGUGCCAGGAGAGUCUGAGGAACACGAAGCUCUCCAGGUUCUUCAACCUUCAUCCGAGCUUCCUCUGCGCCGGAGGGGAACCAGGCAGGGAUGCCUGCAAGGGCGACGGAGGGAGUCCGCUGGUGUGCCGGGACCCAUUGACGAACUACUUCGUCCAGGCCGGGAUCGUGUCGUGGGGGAUCGGGUGCGGGGAGCAGAACAUCCCGGGGGUCUACGCGGAUGUCGCGAAGGCUUCUGCGUGGGUCAACGAGGUGGUUUCCAAGCACUUUGCGUAUCCGCAGCCGUAUUGGGCGAGCGGGGUUCCCAAUUCCGAGACGUUUUAUUGAGGGUCUUGUUUGCGAGGCGGGAAGGAAUAAAUCUGUUUUUGGCAUUAAGA